AUGAGCUUCCGUAACAAUUACAACAGCUAUCCGGUGCAGGACGCACAGUAUUCGGGCCAGUACUACAUGCAGCCCUUCCACUCCAAUGGCAGAGUGUCACUCAGCAACCGGACGAAUAACAGCAACGGGCAGCAGAAGACAACGGAAUACAGGGCGAAGGGCAAGUACGCCCGGUCUCCGGUCAUUGUGGCGAACUCCUACGUCAUGGUGAACCCGAAGUCGGGCGGGCAGACGGUCCAGCACAAGCAGAACAGCCAUCACGGCAACCACGGACGCACACAAGUUAUAGAAAUACCCACCGCGGAGAGCAUCUCGGCGCCUCUGCACGAGAACAGAGCCUUGAAGCUGCGGUACAUGGCGGGACCGGUGCGCCCCGAGGGCAUCAAGGUCCCGAAGAACCCUGUCAUCAACCUGUCGAAAAAGAAGGCGCCGGAGACGUACUACAAGAUCGCUGAGCCGUUGCUUAACGUGGCACAUGACUCUUCGAAAAGUAAUACCCAACGGUUGGCCAAGCUCAUUGCGCAGAGACGCAGCGCGUACCACCGUAUGCAGCCGAUCCGGUUGGGGUCCAUGGACGGCUACGACGUCACGUCGUUGGACCAGCUAGGCGAAAUAAUAGAGCGCUACCAGGUGGAAAAGCCGGUUGUGAAGCGCCGGUCCCUCGCCUCAUCGAACUAUUCUACCGUCUUCCAGGACCGCGUCGACUACCUCAUCGUACCGACCAACGCCAAUGACAGCAUCGACCUAAGCUUCGAUGGGAAGGCGAUAAAUAAAAGCGAUUUUUUGCGCAUGAUGGACUCAUUUUCUUUGGCGCUAGAUGAGGAAGACGACAACAACAAACAUUAUGACUUCCACAGUAGAAACAUUUUACCUAGGGACAUAACUAGCGGAGUGUACUAG